UUUCGUUUCACAAAAUUCUAAUUGAAUAUCAGAAAUAUAUUCGCGAUAUUCUUCAUAUUACAAUUCACUUUUCUUCUUUCUAGAUUCUCCAUUUUUCUCUCCUCUCACGCUACCCUUUUCAAGGUCGGUUGAUACACCUUUUCAUGGCAAGGCUGAUGGGUUAAGUUUGGUACAUGAUGUUUGACGUCCAAUCUUCCAUCUCAAGAUUAUUGGCUGCUCUAGAUGCUCUUGAUCUUGUUGUGUUCGGAUGGCUGGUUACUGGAUCAUUUGUACUAUUAGCUAUUAUAUUUGCGUUCCUUAAAUGGCAGAAGAAAACAUCUUUAAAUUGGGUUAAACCUUCUGCCAGAGCAAAGAAAAAAGCGUGGAAAAAGCUAAAUUUUCCAUUAUCACUUCAUAAUUGGGUCGAAGAUUAUGGUUGCAGUGAACAGCCAUCAACAUGUUGUGUUUGCUUGACUUCUCUAGUAUUCUCUCAAAAUUUGGGAACAAAGACUGUGUUCCAUACCCCUGCUCAUCGCUGUGCUGUAUGUGGUGUAGCAGCUCAUUUUUAUUGCUCUCAAUACGCAACAAAGGAUUGUAAGUGUUUUGCACAAGCUGGUCUUAGCCAUGUGCAACACCAUUGGUCAGAAAGAUGGUUCAAAAUGGAUGAUAAUCCUGACACUUCCGUGUUUUGUUUUUACUGUGACGAGCCAUGUGGUGUUCCUUUACUUGAUGAUUCUCCUACAUGGUACUGCAUGUGGUGCCAGCGUCUCAUACAUGUAAGUUGUCAUGCCAAAAUGUCCAAAGAAUCUGGUGAUAUAUGUGAUUUGGGUCCCCACCGCGACAUUAUACUUUCUCCACUGUGCGUGAAAGAAUUCGAUGUAAAAUCUUUGAGAAGUUUAAGUUCAAUUAAAGAAGAAUUCAUAGCAUCUCGUGGAGAAAUACACCAAAGGCGUCAUAGGAACAAGAAUGGGCCAAGCCGUUCUGUUGGUGGAGAGAUUGAGGAUGUGCCUACUUCUGAUUCUGCACUUGGUUUUGUGCUUAAUGGUAUAACUUCUUUAAAGAAAUGCUACAGUGAGAAAAACCUGAACUUGUCAAGAAAUGGCAAAUUUAAUGAUUCAAAAGUAACCAAUGUUGGAUUGAUUAAGAAGAAGGGUGGGACUGUAACUUAUGGCCAAACCAAGAAGUACAAGUUAAUGGACUUGCCAAAAGAUGCUAGGCCUAUACUAGUUUUUAUCAAUGCUAGAAGUGGGGCACAGAAUGGGCUAUCUCUCAGGAGGAGACUGAACAUGCUGUUAAAUCCUGCUCAGGUGUUUGAAUUGACAUCCCAAGGUCCUGAAGCUAGUUUGAAGUUGUUUUGCAAUGUUCCAAACUUUAGAGUAUUAGUAUGUGGUGGUGAUGGUACUGUCGCGUGGGUUCUUGAUGCGAUUGAAAAGUUUAAUUUUGAGUCUCCCCCACCUGUUUCAAUUCUACCACUGGGCACAGGAAAUGAUCUCUCAAGGGUUUUACAAUGGGGAGGGGGAUUCUCAAGAAUUGAGGGCUCUUGGUUGAGCAAUAUUUUACAUGAAGUUAAUCAUGCAGCUGUUACAAUGUUGGAUCGCUGGAAAGUUGAUAUUAAAGAAGACUCAAUUGGGGAAUCAGAAAGGACGCGUUCAAAGUUUAUGAUGAAUUAUCUUGGUAUUGGAUGUGAUGCAAAGGUUGCAUACGAAUUUCAUGUGAAUCGAGAGGAGAAUCCUGGGAAAUACUAUAGUCCGUUUGUGAACAAGUUGCGAUAUGCCAGAGAAGGUGCCAGGGAUAUGAUGGACAGGGCUUGUGCAGAUUUGCCGUGGCAAGUUUGGCUUGAAGUUGAUGGAAAAGACAUCCCGAUUCCUAACGAUGCUGAAGGUCUGAUUCUACUCAAUAUUGGUAGCUACAUGGGUGGUGUAGAUCUUUGGCAAAAUGAUUGUGAGCAUGAUGACGAUUUUACUCGUCAAUCUGUGCAUGAUAAGAUGCUUGAGGUUGUUUGUGUUUCUGGGGCCUGGCACCUUGGGAAGCUGCAGGUUGGUCUUUCUCAAGCCAGGAGAGUGGCUCAAGGGAGUGUCAUAAAAAUUCAUAUUUCCAGUGCUUUCCCAGUUCAAAUAGAUGGGGAACCAUUUAUUUUACAGCCUGGUUGUCUAGAAAUAACGCACCUUAACCAGGUGUUUAUGUUGAGGAAAUCAUCUGAAGAACCAAGAGCCCAUGCGACUGCAGUGAUGUCAGAAAUCUUGUUCGAUGCAGAGUGUAAAGGCAUCAUCGACUCCAGUCAGAAGAGAGUGCUAAUUGAACAGAUAGCUCUUCGUCUUUCAUAGUUCGAAGUUAGUUUUUCUUUUUUUUUUUUUGGCUCUUCGUAUUUCGUUUUCCACUAGCACUAUUUUUCCUGCUUAGUGCUAACGAGCGUUACUAAGGUAGAAUGAAACUGAAGUUCAUUGUUCUUUCCAUUCUUUUUCGUUCUUUUGGCGAAAGAAAAGAAAAAAAGCGUAGUCUUUUCUUUUUCCCUCUUCACACCCUUCUACUUGGCGUUGGUGCAUGGUGACUUUGGCUACUUGAAGGAACUUCUCGUGUCCAUAGCAAGUAUAUACAAAGAUAUACGGAGGUACAUUUUUUCCCCAAAUGGAUAUAGUAGUCUAGUAGAGAUUUUGAUAUGUUUUGAGUAUGAAGAUGUGACUUUUAGGUUGAAAAUAAGUAUAGAUACUAUUGUGUAAUCUGUAAAGCAUAUGAUCUAUAGAGUAUAGAACGGCUUAUAUAGUGUAUUAAAAAAUUAAAAAUAUGGAAUUAAAUGAUGAUUUUUUAUGUGUAUUUUGUUGGUUGCCAA